AUGGAGUUCAUCAACUCGACCUACAAGGCUGCGGCCAGCUUGCUGCCGUACGCCACCCCGGUGCCCAAGAAACAUCAACUGUCAAUGCUGUCCCCCAAGGUGUUCAGCAUGGAUCCCUACUCCAUGUUCGAUCGAGCCUACACCGCGCUGCUGGGAUAUCGGCCGCAUGAGUUUCGCUUCGUGCAGGGCAAGACUCCCCUGUCGACGUUCAAAGAGUGCGCCAUCUUCAUCGCCGCCUACUAUGUGAUCAUCUUCGGGGGUCGCGAAUUGAUGCGCAACCGGGCCCCUAUCAGGCUGAACAAUCUCUUUAUCAUCCACAACUUCUAUCUCACCGUCAUCUCAGGAGGCCUGCUUCUUCUUUUUGCUCAACAACUCAUCCCCGGACUCUGGAAGAACGGCUUAUACGACGGAAUCUGCGGCUCCACCGGCUGGUCACAAGAGCUGUUGGUGCUCUACUACAUUACCUAUCUCACCAAAUACCUAGAGUUGCUCGACACGGUGUUUCUGGUCUUGAGAAAGAAACCGCUGACAUUCCUGCACACCUAUCACCAUGGUGCUACGGCACUGUUGUGCUACACACAAUUGGUCGGCCAGACUUCGGUCCAGUGGGUUCCCAUCACACUGAACCUGGGUGUUCAUGUGGUCAUGUACUGGUAUUAUUACCAAGUGGCCCGAGGCAACAAAUGCUGGUGGAAGCAGUACAUUACCAUGUUCCAGAUUUCGCAGUUUGUCUUGGAUCUUGGGUUCAUCUACUAUGCAUGCUACAACUACUACGCCAGCACCUAUGCUCCAUGGCUGCCACAUCGCGGCACCUGCGGCGACACCCGGCAGGAACUUGCUGCUUUCACCGGCUGUGUGAUCCUAUCUUCAUACUUGGUGCUUUUUGUCAUGUUCUACCUAUCCACGUACAAGAAGCCACAACCGACCAAAAAGGCGUUGAAGAGAACGGCCCAAACGGAAGUUCCUACCAUCAGCGAGACCACUGAGAUGGCUACGGAUGCUCUGAAAUCGGCCACCAAUGUCAUUGUGGAGGGCAUGGGCGAGGAGAAGUGUAUCCGCAGCUGA